GCUCCUACCAGAUGUCAGAUGUUUACAGAGUGUCAUGGCGACUAUUUAUGUAUGCGCUUUGGUGAUAGUGAUACAAAAUGAAUAAAAUUCGCCUGUAUUUUUAAUGAAACACAAGUACAAUCUUAGUAAUACGUAAGAAACAAAACAAUAUUAUGGCGACGGAGAUAUUAAAAUCCUUCGGUACUCUACAAUCGGAACUGGAACAGGCGAAGACGAGCUUGAAAGGAGUCGAUGAGAAUAUUAAGAGGUUAAUCGGCAGGGACCCCUCGGAGCUGAUAACGCCUGGCCAGCGGCAUCCCCACAAACGACCGGUUGUCGGCAACAAUGAAGAGGGUGGUAAUAAACACCGAUGGGGUUUGGGUGGAAACCGACGUGUCUUCACGCAUGAUAACGAAGAACCGCCGACAAAGCGACGCGGCGGCGUAUUUAAUCGACUCUCCGAUCGCGUGGUCAGUGAAAGGGUGGCAUAUCAUCAUGAUGAAGACAACGGUGACUUUAAAGGACAUAGACAGAUGAUAAGUAAAGUGAUUGUGACGCCGAAAGAGGUGCCCAGCCGACAGGACGCGUUAGAUGCCCAAAGUGGGGAUGAAAAGUUCAAAGCAAGAAAUAGGAGAAUGUUUGGUGCUCUUCUUGGCACUCUACAGAAGUUUCAGCAGGAAGAAACAAAAUUAAAACCUAAAGAAGAAAAAAGAGCACAACUGGAAAAGAAAAUUGAAGAAAUUGAAAUCCGCGAAAAAGCAGAAAUAAAAAAAGAGCGACAGGAAUUGUUUAUGAAUCGUAAGAAAAAGCAAGCCGAAAUUAAAAUGAUUGAACUGAAAAUGCUAAAGAUGAAGACAUACACACAAUGGGAGGAAUUACAAAAAUCUAGAAUGAAUUUUAUACAAACUAAAAGCAAACCAAGUAUUCAUUAUCUACCUAAGAAAAUAACUGAUAUAGCAAAGAGUGCAUUAGAAGAAUCAAAAAAGAAUAUACAAACAAUGAUUGAUGAAAGAAAAGAAGAAGUUAUGGCCGAACUAAAAGUCAUAGAAGAUAAAAUGCAGUGGAAUUUUAGAAAUAAAAACGCAACAGAAAACGACACUGAUAAAGAAUCAGACGCAGAGAACCACGAUGAUGAAGAUCAAAAAGAGAAUAUACUCAGUGAGCAUGAAGAUGUGGAAAUAAAAGAUAUUUCAUCUGAGACUACUGACUGUGUCAAAUCAAUGACCGAUAGACAUGAUAAUCAGGACAAUGCAAUGGUUACCGUUCUCCAAGAUGAUUUGAAGAAGGAAGGUAACCAGAAUGAUAAUGACGCAGCCGAGAAUAGCUGCGGAGAAAUGUAAUUUUAGUUUUUAAUUAAUUAACUUUAAUUUAAUUGUAUGAAAAUAUACAAAAGUCUGCUUUUGCCUUGUUCGAAUCAAGUCUGAUUGACAUGGAUAAGCUGGUUUAUUAAAUUGUA